CUUAACUCGUUUAACUAGCGGUUAUUGAGUGGACAAACUAGGCGAUCAUUUACAGAACUUUGGCAGCAGAAAAAUAAUCGGUCUCCAAGAACGCACUGGUAGUUGACGGUUAAGAAGCCCCGACGAUUCCCAUUUUUCAACACGCGCUACCAAAAUGUCGAGACCCGAAGACUCAUUGCCCCCCGAUCUGUAUUACAAUGACGCCGAAUCACGGAAAUACACAUCGUCCUCGCGGAUUCAAAAUAUCCAGUCGGAAAUGACCCACCGUGCACUAGAACUCUUAGAACUUCACUCUCCUUCGCUCAUCCUUGAUAUCGGAUGUGGCUCUGGCCUGUCCGGUGAAAUAUUAUCAUCUGUGCCCCCAUCCCAGGGCGGGCCCCACACAUGGAUCGGAAUGGACAUCUCACCUAGCAUGCUCGACAUUGCACUUCAAAGAGAGGUCGAUGGAGAUCUUUUUCUGGCCGACAUGGGACAAGGGAUCCCUUUUCGCCCAGGAACGUUUGAUGCUGCUAUCAGUAUUAGCGCCAUACAGUGGUUGUGCAACGCCGAAACGACAGAUGUCAGUCCUGAAGGUCGCCUGCGUCGAUUUUUCGACGGCCUGUAUGCUAGCUUGCGCCGUGGAGCCCGUGCUGUUUGUCAGUUUUAUCCUAAGAAUGAUGCGCAACGAAACAUGAUCAGUGCGGCGGCGAUGAAAGCCGGGUUCGGUGCUGGUAUUUUGGAAGAUGACCCUGGAACGAAAAACGGUAAAUUAUAUCUGGUACUGACAGUUGGAGGCGGUGGGCUACAAGGGGAUAUUACAGGCGUUGUGAAAGGCAUGGACGACGUAGAGGUUGUUGAUGGAAGAAGGAAAUCUCAAAAUCUGCGGAAGGGAACGAACCCAGCAGAUGUCAAAGGGAGCAAGGCAUGGAUAUUACGAAAGAAGGAACAAAUGGCGAGAAAGGGCAAGGUUGUGAAGGCGAGUUCGAAGUAUACCGGAAGAAAGAGGCGCCCCGUUUUUUGAUACGCUGCUGCGAACAUGCUUCUUACGAAGUCAUUGCUUCUUUAUCGAACAACAUCGAUAAUUAUGGUUCAUCCCAUAAAUCCAUCUCUGUGCUUGGAACAAAUAGCCCGUCGAUUUAUCACCUCAGCCCGAGUCAGGGAAUGGCUUGUCGUCGAUGGGAGACCGACGACUGGUUCAAUUACCGUUUCCUGGUGGACAAUUGUUGCCAAACUGGAGCCAGCGCGGUAGGGUACGCCCAUGAAUGUUGAAAAUCCUUUUCUCUGGCUGGCUUGCAAUCAUUUGCAAGCAAAAUCUCUGAUUUAUCCCGACGAAUGGCUAAGCUGUGGCCAUUUCAUGGCUCCCCAUUCACAGUCAAGGACAUGAAAUGGCAUGAAUCAGCUUUCGAUCCCCGUUAUACCUAUCUGAAAGGUCAUAGAUACCCAGUCUCUACAACUUCAAAGGGCUACAAUAAGGGUGCUAAUGUACACCGCUCUGCAGCUUAACACUGGGAACGGGUCUUGCUGUCAAAAUUCAUUUUCGCAUACUGAACGUUGGUUGAUGCUUUUCCGUGCCCCUUUGUUUCAUCUCAGUAUGUAAUCUUCCUAUUGCCUUUCCUGAUUUCCACCAAUGACCUUUGGAGCGUUAGAAGCAGAAAGCAGCUGGAAUCAUACUAGUCUGUAUGUACGCAGAUAAAAGUUUGCUCACCUUUCCCCUAGCAUAGAGCAUAUAUGCAAGUAAUCAUCACUGAUGUUCCUGGCGA